CUGAUACAAGCCAGAAGGAGAAGCAGCUCCCAGGCAGAUCAGGUGGGGGGACAGCAGGGCUCUCUUGGGUGCAUGGGCAGGGAGCGUCUUCCUUCUCCUGAGACAUCGCACCUGGGGCUGACACCUCGCUGGGCCAGAGAGACAACGGCAGCUUCACUUGCAUCCUAGUCCACCUCCAAGAGUCAGUGAUGGGAAAACACAACAGUAAGCUGGCCCCCGAGAUGCUGGACGACCUGGUGAGAAGCACAGAGUUCAGUGAGCAAGAGCUAAAGCAGUGGUACAAGGGCUUCCUGAAGGACUGUCCCACCGGUAUCCUCAACCUGGAUGAAUUCCAGCAGCUCUACAUCAAGUUUUUCCCCUAUGGAGAUGCUUCCAAGUUUGCCCAGCACGCCUUCCGCACAUUUGAUAAGAACGGCGAUGGGACGAUCGACUUUCGGGAGUUCAUCUGUGCCCUGUCCGUCACCUCCAGGGGAAGCUUUGAGCAGAAGCUGAACUGGGCCUUUGAGAUGUACGACUUAGAUGGAGACGGGAAGAUAACCCGCUUGGAGAUGCUAGAAAUAAUUGAGGCCAUUUACAAGAUGGUGGGGACGGUCAUCAUGAUGAGAAUGAACCAGGACGGGCUGACGCCCCAGCAGCGGGUUGACAAGAUCUUCACCAAGAUGGACAAGGACAAGGAUGACCAGAUCACCCUGGAGGAGUUCAAGGAAGCUGCCAAGAGCGACCCCUCUAUUGUCCUCCUCCUGCAGUGUGACAUGCAGAAAUAGAGUUUCCCCGCAGACUCCAGCUGGACUGCCCAAGGCCGCGUGCCCCAGCAUACCGGUUACUGCCCUCCCCACAACCUCCACCCAGCCCCUGCUUCCCAGAGUUGUGCAUUCAGCUGCUUGGGGCGGAGUUCAUUCUGCUUGCAGCCUUCCACUUCCUAAACUCUACAUCCCACUCCCCGAGCCCCACUGAAGGGACUGCCUGAGCCACGUGCCAUGUUAGAACCCCCCCC